CUAAAGACAAAUUGGAAAAUACAGAAUUUAAAAAUCACUUUUGAAGGAGCUUUUAUAAAAUUUUGAUUUUACUUUCACACAAUUUUUUUUCUUCCUGAAAAUGGUUUUACACGUAUCAUCCAAUUCAUUUUUUUGCAGAAACGUAUACAACGGUUUUUUUUUCCGAUUUGACCAACGAAAGCAGCAUUGAAAACCAUAAUUCCCAAAUUCUGUACAGGGGUUGGGGUUUCUCAGCACCACUCUAUUCUGGCUAAUAACCCAAACUCAAAGCCGUUGUGGACGCCAUGAAAGGAGGAAGGAAGAAUCUGAAGAGGGCAGCAAGGGAAGAGACCUUUACUCUUCAACAAGGCCAGAGCAUCAUGCAAGUCAUCUCCCUCCGGGGUUCCAACCUCAUCGAGGUCAUGGAUACAAAAGGUGAAAAUGCAUUGGCAUUGUUUCCAGCUAAAUUCCAGAAAAGCACGUGGAUAAAGCGAGGUAGCUUUGUUGUGGUUGAUGACAGUGGAAGAGGAGAGGCCAUUGAUUCUGGUAGAAAAGUGACAUGUAUUGUUUCUCAAGUCCUCUUUCAUGAACAAGUUCGUUUGCUUCAGAAAUCUCCAGAAUGGUGGUUAUAUCAUUAUAUUGCUUGCUGCCCAAUUUUGCGGGUCAGAAAAUUUCAAGUCCUCUAUCCUAGACAAUUCGUGGGAAAAAGUCGAGGGGGACUCUUCCACACAGGAUGAGACUGAAGUCAGGUCAAGGGAUGAUGGCGAUGAACUUAUUGCAGCCGAUGAUGAUGAACUCCCACCGAUAGAAGCCAAUACAAAUAGAAGGAAGCCUUCAAAGUUGCAAUCGGAUACAGAGUCUGAUUCAGAAACAGAUUCUUGAGUCAUAAUGCAAAUACCAAGACACUGGAUCUUGCCAAAUUUACAUUUUUGCUCGUGUAGGAGUAAGAUUGUGAGCUCCCUUCUUCUCUUUUCCUUUUUCCUUCUUCUGAUUUUUUGGGUUCGAUUUAUGUUGUUAGUAGCAGUAUUCUUGGGUGUGUCCCAUUGAUGUUGAAGGAUUAAUACACUGCUAACAGAGUUUAUAUAUUGGCCGAAGACCUUAUCUA